AAACUUUUGAAAAUGAAAUCAAAUGGUGGAGAUCAAUAUCCUGCAGGUGGCAUUGAGAAAACUAAGCAGUUGAAGGAAAAUGGUUUGCGUGAAAACCAAAAUCCGUCAUUAAAUACAGCAAGUGGUCGAGAUUGUUUCGUAAAGGAGAUGCCUGUUGAAACUGCAGAAGGUUCAACAAUGAAUUCUAGACUCCAUGAAGAUAAACUUGCCAAAGAACAAACUCUUAGAAAAGAAAUUGGUGUAUCUGGAAGUACAGAUGUAAACAGUGAAAAACAGUUGAAAGAUAACAUGCCUUGUCAGUCAGAUCUGGAGGAGAUUGGGGCUGUACUUGAUAACCAGGGCAUAUUCUCCACUAUUUCUGUCCCGAGAUAUCUACAUCUUGAACCUUCUCUUGCCAUUGAUUGGCUUGAGAUAUCAUGGGACGAAUUGCAUAUUAAGGAGCGUGUUGGUGCUGGCUCAUUCGGAACAGUUCAUCGUGCUGAGUGGCAUGGAUUGGAUGUUGCCGUUAAAGUCUUGACUGACCAAGAUCUUCAUGAUGAUCAGUUGAAGCAGUUUCUGAGAGGUUUGUACGGAUAAAACCUAAAAUAAUCA